CCCACUAACCGGCCGCUCCCAAGCGUCAGUCGACUCGACUAAGUUGGGUACCAGUUCUCCAAAAGAGUUGCUUCAGUUAACGUGACUUCGUGUCUCGCAUUAAAACCAACCUUCGCAGCCACACCCAGAGAAUUCUUACCGAAUCGAUAGGAAAGCAGUGUUAAGAUAACAAGAAACUAUGUCGACCACACGAUAUGCUCACGGGCAGCCGACGCCCACUGUUUAUCCUGCCGAUCCGUUCGAUCCUGAAGCCGAUGCCGCUCUUCUCAGAACUGCAAUGAAAGGCUUUGGUACCGACGAGCAAGCUAUCAUCGAUGUUCUUGCUCAUCGUGGUAUCAUUCAACGUCUAGAAAUUGCUGACAAAUUUAAAACUAUGUAUGGAAAGGAUCUCAUUUCGGAAUUAAAAUCCGAGCUGGGUGGAAAUUUUGAGAAUGCGAUUGUCGCCCUGAUGACUCCUUUGCCGGAAUAUUAUGCACGUGAAUUACACGAUGCAAUUUCUGGUAUCGGUACCGAUGAAGGUGCCAUCAUUGAAGUUCUUGCUUCUCUCAGCAACUAUGGCAUACAAACUAUCUCUGCUGUCUACAAGGAUCUAUACGGAAGUGAUCUAGAGAGUGAUCUCAAAGGAGAUACUUCUGGACAUUUCAAGCGGCUCUUGGUAUCUUUGUCCUGUGCUAAUCGGGACGAAGAUUCAACAGUAGAUGAAGCUGCUGCCAUCGAAUCAGCCCAGGCCCUGCUUGAAGCUGGUGAAGGCCAAUGGGGUACCGAUGAAAGUGUUUUCAACUCUAUUUUGAUUACCAAAAGUUAUCCCCAACUGCGUAAGAUUUUCAAAGAGUAUGAAAGACUGGCUGGACACGAUCUGGAGGAUGCCAUUAAGCGAGAAUUCUCAGGAUCAAUUGAAGAUGGCUACCUUGCCGUUGUAAGGUGCGCUCGUGACAAAACUGGCUAUUUCGCAAAGCGUCUUCACGACGCAAUGUCAGGACUUGGUACAACAGAUACCACCCUGAUUCGGAUAAUCGUGGCACGUUCUGAAAUUGAUCUGGGUGACAUCAAGGAGACCUACGAGAGAAUGUAUGGCCAGUCUUUAGCAGGCGAUAUUGACGGGGACUGCUCGGGAGACUACAAGAGACUAUUGCUUACCUUACUGGGCUGAGAAUAUUUAACUUUCAUGGAAACUUUAUAUUAUAGUAUACAUAUAUUACAUGAUAUUACGGGUGGUAUUUUUUCAGCCUUAAUUGCUAUAAUCUUCUUUAGAAAUUUCAUAUACUGUGUAAAAAAUCUCUAUUGUAUUAUAUAUAACAGUGAGCACGCGGAAUUUCAUUUUUUUAUACUUGUACAUAAUGUGCAAGAACUAAUUAGGUUUGAGUUACAGUAUUGUGCAUGCUGUGUCGGGUAGGGAUUGGAAUAAUUAGAUACGUUUUGAAAUCAAAUAAACCACCGAAAAUACAAUGUGCAAUUAUACCAUUAAGUGGUCUUAUACCAAAUGACUAGACUUAAACAUUACUACCGUUAUUCAUACUCACACAUUACACCAGCUCGUAUAUGCAUGUAUGCGUGCCAUUGUGUAUUUGCAUAAACACAUAUACAUUCAUGUACUGUGAAUUUGGUUUUAAUACAUAUGUGCCACAUUCUUUUCCGUUUACAGAGCGACUGCAGCGACGAUUUUAAACGGCUUCUGCUUGCGCUCGUGAAUUAAUUCACAGUUAUACUGUGAAUCUUUCUUCUCGUUUAUGAUUAAUCAGUGUCUCUUAUAACAUUUAUUUAUAUUAUUAAUUCACAUCAUAUAAAAAAUGUAAAAAAUUAUUUUUGUUCAUAAUAAAAAUGCACGCCGGUGAUCUUCA